AUGUCGCCAGUAAUUGCAAUCAGUUCACGUGCUGUCACGACCGCAGACUUUCAAGAGUUCAUCGGAACCCGGUCUGUCCAAAGAGGCUGGGAUGCUCUCUUUAGUCUUUGGAUAGUAUGGUCUGUUACGUGGUUGUUGCGACUUUAUUUCUCACACUCAACCAAAGAUGGUAAAGAUGACAAAGGUGAUAAUGAUUCCAAAGAUGGUAAAGACGGUGAUGAAACGUCCAAAGACAAGCGUUGUCGCAAGGCAAAGAGACUUAAAAGAGUCCACAAAAAAGUUACUCACCUGUUGUUGGGUCUCCUCACGGCCCUGACCUUCAAUAGUUUGGCUCACGGUUCAACUGAUGCGGUCCAAAUUCUUAGUUGGGUAUAUUUUGGAGUUGGUCUAUCCUGGGUACAUUCGCUGGCAUGGGCUUCGAAAGGAGGUCGACCAAUAUUCAGACUCGUGGGGGGCAUAGUUCAAACUGGCAUUUUACUUGCCAUCUUCAUUCUCGCUAUAAUUUGUCGAAAAAAGAACGAUUGA